AUCGGUAACGUCAUCCAAACUUGAUGACAUACGAAAUAAACCAUUGUAAUGGUGGUACCGAAGUAGUGCAGCAAGAAAUCAAAAUUUGAAAAAGUUAAGCCAUUUAGUUUGCAACGAGGUUUCAUUAAUAUAGAACAUAUUUCAAUCAAAUCUUAUUGACAAAUCUUAUUGACUUCAACCUUUGACAUUUUUAUCUUUGCUCAACUAAUUUGGUUCAUUUUUUGCUUCGAUGGAACUAAGGUUUUUGGGUAUUUGCGCCAAAAAUGGAAUUUGAAAAAUUAAAGUUAAAACGUUUUUGCAAACGGGCACUUGGAAAUCAUAAAAUAGUUUGCUACACAACACUAUCCAGUGAAAAAUGACCGUCCAUUCGAUGAAUUGUCGAAAUCAUCAAUUCUUCAAUUAUUAAUUCGAUGUCGAAUUGACAUUGAUUCAAUGAAUCGUUUUUGCUGCGUAUUUAAAAUAAAUAUUUACCAUUAAUAUAUAUUAGCGAUAUAUUUUUUUUUACGUAUUGUCUUGCAUUAUUUCUGCAGUUUCAUUGUUUAUUCAACGCGUAUGUCGGAUUUUAGUUACAGAAUCUGUGACAGAGAUGUAUAAUGAACAAAGCUCAAGAGAACAGGAUAAUUUUUAUUUAAAACGAAACAAUAGACGAUUCCGAUGUAAUAUAUUAUUCGAUUGUGAUUGAAAACGGGGUCAUAUUCUAUUCAUUAUUGUCACGCAAAACGCUGAAUUGCGAAUGAAAAACAUUCACUAUUCCGCACAGUUAAGCGGAUAAUUUGUCAGCAAGUUACAAUCAUGCAGUACUCUAUUGAUUGAAAUUCAAUAAAAUUGAAUUUUUCCUAUAACGGUUUAAUUUAUAUGGAUCAUAUAAUUUGAAUUUGUAUAAAAUAUUAAAGCUUAUUCCUUAAAGCUAAACUAUACAACAGUAUAUAUUUAUAUUUAAAGUGAAGUAGAUAUCUAUAUAUCUAUAUAUAUGUAUUUGGCGAAAGCGAGAUAGAAAGUUUUAAUGCAAUCCAAUAUAGAGAGAUAAAGAAUAAAUACAUACGUCGAAUGUAAGGGGAGAGUGAAUGGAAGCGUAAAUGAAAUUUCUUGGAAUCGAAAAUUGAGACAACGAAACAAAAAAAAGGAAUUACUUCUUUUACAUUUUAUUAUCUUAAUUUUUAUUCUCUAAAAGUUAAUUGUUAACUUUUAUCACUCUUGAUAUCGGUCUUUACAUUCGACUUACGCUCUGAUUUUUAUUUUAGGGUGUAAAUAUACAUAUAGCUUGUAUUAUAUAUUGCACAUGUACUUGUGUAUGUAUAUUUUGAAAAUACUACAUUAUGCAAACGCUGAUAUAUAUGAGAUUAUAUAUUUUAUAUGUAUUUUAUUUAAUAAAGUCUUCAACGAUAAUGUAUAAAUUGCAUGCAAAAGUCAUGUAAAUGGAUCACGAAAUGAGAACAAUUUGAGCUUCUUAAAAGGAGAAAUUAAAAGGAGAAUAUGAUCCAUCCGAAUUGGUGAAAACAACAUGUUGCAAAAUUGGAGCCCUUAUGCCAGAGAGUACGAUCCCUUAAAAGCAGGUAGUAUCGAUGGAACAGAUACGCAACCUCAUGACAAGGCUGUUAGUAGGGCAAUGAUAAUGCACUAUGAGCCACCGCACGAUCUAGAAUCUAAGGCAGAAAGAACUAUAUUUGUAGCUAGGCUUGGUCCAAAAAUUACUAAUUACGAUCUGAAAGAGUUUUUCAGCAAAUAUGGAGAUGUUAUUUCGGCGAAGGUGAUAGUAGAUGUGAUAACUGGGGUCUCUCAAGGAUAUGGUUUCGUGGAAAUGAAAAGUGAAGAGGAAGCUAGAAGAGUGUUAAGAAGAACUGUCGAUGCCACAUUAAAAGGAUAUAAAAUUUUUAUUGAUUACGAAUGUGGUCGUAGCUUGAAAGGAUGGAAGCCGAGAAGACUUGGAGGUGGUUUUGGUGGCAAAAAAGAAUCGGGUCAACUGAGAUUCGGAGGAAAGGAUAGACCAUUUAAACGACCAAUUGUACCUAAUAUUUUAAAGCCAAAAAGAUAAAUAGCUUCUACGUUGACAUUUAUGACACUAUUUCCAUC